UUCAUGAGCCCAUUGUGAUGCUGAGCCUACGCUGUUGCCAUGGCACCCAUAGGACAUAAGGCUUGGGACAUCAGGCCUGCCCAGCAGCUCACUCUGACCUCGGCUCCCACUGCACUUUCCACCUGCUGAGCUCCUGCAUCUUCAUCAUUUAGCCAAGCCGAGCCAACUGUAUCCAGAGAUCACGUUAUGGAGCAGAAUACAAGCCCAAGAUCCAGCCUGAGAUCUAAAUCCACGUCUGCAAGUCUGUCGAAAUCGAAGACAAGGAAGAAAGAUUUAGACGAGCUAAAGAAGGAAGUGGAUUUGAGUGAUCACAAGCUGACCUUGGAUGAGCUGAGUGCCAAGUACAACGUGGACUUGACCAAGGGCCAUAGCCUCAAAACUGCCCAGGAAAUUCUGUUUCAAAAUGGACCAAAUACACUGACCCCUCCUCCAACCACUCCAGCGUGGGUCAAGUUCUGCAAACAACUCUUUGGUGGUUUCGCCCUCUUGCUGUGGACUGGCGCCAUUCUCUGCUUCCUGGCCUAUGGCAUCAACAUGCAAUACCAAGAAGAAGCCAACAAAGAUAACCUGUACCUGGGUAUUGUACUGUCUGCUGUGGUCCUCAUUACUGGCUGCUUCUCGUAUUACCAGGAAGCCAAGAGCUCCAAGAUCAUGGAGUCUUUUAAGAACAUGGUGCCUCAGCAAGCUCUAGUGAUUCGAGAAGGCGAGAAGAUGCAAAUCAAUGUAAGAGAUGUGGUUUUGGGAGACCUAGUAGAAGUGAAGGGUGGAGACCAAAUCCCUGCUGAUAUCAGGGUUAUCUUUUCACAAGGAUGUAAGGUAGACAAUGCCUCCUUGACUGGGGAGUCAGAACCCCAGUCUCGCAGCCCUGACUGCACCCAUGAGAACCCUCUGGAGACGCGGAACCUCAUCUUCUUCUCUACCAACUGUGUAGAAGGAACAGCCCGGGGUAUUGUGAUUGCUACAGGAGACUCUACAGUGAUGGGCCGAAUUGCUUCCCUGACAUCCGGCUUGUCAAUGGGCAAGACCCCCAUUGCUGCCGAAAUCGAACACUUCAUUCAUCUGAUCACAUCUGUCGCCGUCUUCCUUGGUGUCAGCUUUUUUGCACUCUCACUUAUCUUGGGCUAUUCCUGGCUGGAUGCUGUCAUUUUCCUUAUUGGCAUCAUUGUGGCCAAUGUGCCUGAAGGGCUCCUGGCCACUGUCACUGUGUGCCUGACGCUGACCGCCAAGCGCAUGGCUCGCAAGAACUGCCUGGUGAAGAACCUGGAGGCGGUGGAGACGCUGGGCUCCACGUCCACCAUCUGCUCGGACAAGACGGGCACGCUCACCCAGAACCGCAUGACCGUGGCUCACUUGUGGUUUGACAAGACUAUAUAUGAGGCUGACACCAGUGAGGAGCAGACUACCGGGAAAACAUUUCCCAAGUCCUCGGACACCUGGUUUUAUCUGGCUCAAAUCGCUGGCCUCUGUAACAGAGCUUACUUUAAGCCUCAUCAGGAAUCGGUUCCCAUAGCUAAGCGGGCAACCACAGGGGAUGCUUCUGAGUCAGCCCUCCUCAAAUUCAUCGAGCAGUCUUACAACCCUGUGGAAGAGAUGAGACAGAAAAACCCCAAGGUGGCGGAGAUCCCCUUCAAUUCGACCAACAAAUACCAGAUGUCCAUCCACCUUCUGGAAGACAACUCCCACAUGCUGAUGAUGAAGGGUGCUCCCGAGAGGAUCCUGGAUUUUUGCUCCAGUUUUAUGCUGAAUGGUCAGGAGUACCCCAUGGACAAGGAAAUGAGGACAGACUUCCAAAACGCCUACUUAGAACUGGGAGGCAUGGGAGAGCGUGUGCUGGGAUUCUGCUUCUUGAACCUACCUAGCAACUUCUCGAAGGGAUUCCAAUUUAAUACAGAUAAAUUAAACUUCCCCAUGGAGAACCUGUGUUUCACCGGCCUCAUAUCCAUGAUCGACCCUCCUCGAACUGCUGUGCCGGAUGCUGUGGGCAAAUGUCGAAGUGCGGGGAUUAAGGUGAUCAUGGUGACAGGGGAUCACCCCAUCACAGCCAAAGCCAUUGCCAAAAGUGUGGGCAUCAUUUCUGAAGGCAAUGAGACAGCAGAGGAGAUUGCUGCCCGUCUUCAUAUCCCUGUCAAUCAAGUCAAUACCAAGUCUGCUAGUGCCAUUGUAGUGCAUGGCUCGGAGCUGAAAGACAUGAGCUCAGAACAGCUGGACCAAAUUCUCAAAUCCUACAAGGAGAUAGUGUUUGCUCGGACCUCCCCCCAGCAGAAGCUCAUCAUUGUGGAGGGGUGUCAGAGACUGGGAGCCAUCGUGGCAGUGACUGGUGACGGGGUGAACGACUCCCCCGCGCUGAAGAAGGCUGACAUCGGCAUCGCCAUGGGCAUCACUGGCUCUGAUGUCUCUAAGCAGGCAGCCGACAUGAUCCUUCUCGAUGACAACUUUGCCUCCAUCGUGACAGGAGUGGAAGAGGGUCGCCUCAUCUUUGACAACCUGAAGAAGUCCAUUGCGUACACCCUGACCAGCAACAUUCCUGAGAUCACCCCCUUCCUGCUGUUCAUCGUCUUAAGUAUACCCUUGCCUCUGGGUACCAUCACCAUUCUCUGCAUUGACCUGGGCACUGACAUGGUCCCUGCCAUCUCCUUGGCUUAUGAGAGCCCUGAAAGUGACAUCAUGAAGAGGCUUCCACGUAACCCCAAAACUGACAAUCUCGUGAACCACCGUCUCAUUGGCAUGGCCUAUGGGCAGAUCGGCAUGAUACAGGCCCUGGCUGGAUUUUUCACCUAUUUUGUGAUCCUGGCGGAGAACGGUUUUAAGCCUUUUGAUCUGCUGGGUAUCCGUCUAACCUGGGAUAAUGGAAACAUAAAUGACCUGGAAGACAGCUACGGACAGGAGUGGACCUAUGAGCAGAGGAAGGUGGUGGAGUUCACGUGCCAAACGGCCUUCUUCAUCAGCAUUGUGAUUGUGCAGUGGGCUGACCUCAUCAUCUGCAAGACACGCCGGAAUUCAAUCUUCAGGCAGGGCAUGAAAAACAAAGUCUUAUUAUUUGGACUCUUUGAGGAGACGGCCCUGGCAGCAGUCCUGUCCUAUGCUCCAGGCAUGGACGUGGCCCUGCGAAUGUACCCACUCAAGGUAAAGUGGUGGUUGUGUGCCCUUCCCUACAGCGCUCUCAUCUUCAUCUAUGAUGAAAUCAGAAAACUUAUCAUCCGUAGACGGCCUGGUGGAUGGCUGGAGAAGGAGACAUACUACUAAACACAUCAGAGAAAGAGCCUCACGUGACACUGGUCUUGUGGAAAGCCAGGGCUGACUGUGGACACAACACCUGGGAUAAAGCUGAGCAGGGGACAGAGACGG